GAGCACCGUCAGUUUGACGUUCUACAUUGAGCUGACAUUCGUUUUUGUCGUACCCAAAACACGUGUGAAGAGUAAAUUAAGUUCAGGUCCAAUUGUUUUACUGCAAAAAUUUAAACAAAAUGUAUUUAAUGUACACUUUAAACGAAAAAGGCGAGCGCGUCUACACAUUGAAGAAACGCACUGAGGAUGGACAACCAACAAUUUCAGCUCACCCGGCGCGUUUCUCUCCAGAGGAUAAGUACUCUCGGCAACGUUUGACCAUCAAAAAACGUUUUGGAUUACUUAUUACACAGCAGCCUGAACCAGUUUACUAACUACAUAAUACCUGCUAAAUCUUUAAGUUUGUUUCUAAGAAAAUAUCGUAAUGAAAUUGAAUAAACAUUUUUAUUCACUAAGCCAUAAAACUA